CCUUGCUCAGGCUUCCUGCUUCCGGCUGGGAGCUUCAGUGAUCUGCCUCUGAGAUGGGGGUCGCCCAGGAGUGUUAUACCACUUGUACCAAGGAGAAGGGGAAGUAUUGGGAAACCUUCUCUUCAUAUGGAAGGAGCUAUCUAGCCACUCUGCUGGCUUUCGGUUUAUUUCUACAGACGUGUGGAAUGAGUGCAGCUAUGGAGUCUAAGCCAAAUAUACUGCUACUAAUGGCAGAUGACCUGGGCAUUGGUGACAUAGGUUGCUAUGGCAACCAUACUAUAAGGACCCCAAAUAUUGACCGUCUUGCGAAGGAAGGAAUAAAACUCACUCAGCAUAUUGCUGCAGCUCCUCUUUGUACCCCAAGCAGAGCAGCCUUCCUGACUGGAAGAUACCCCAUCAGAUCUGGCAUGGCUUCAGAUAAUAGGUAUCGAGCUCUUCAGUGGAAUGCUGGCUCAGGAGGGCUCCCUGUGAAUGAAACCACUUUUGCCAAGCUGUUGCAAAAGCAAGGUUACACCACAGGACUUAUAGGGAAGUGGCAUCAGGGUGUGAACUGUGAAUCCCUCAAUGAUUACUGUCACCAUCCUUUAAACCAUGGAUUUGACUACUUUUAUGGCAUGCCAUUUACUCUUCUAAAUAACUGUCAGAAAAACAAACUUCCAGAGCUAGAUGCAGCUCUUCAGGCCAAGCUCUGGUUUUAUACUCAGGUAAUUGCCCUUGCUGUGCUCACUGUUAUCACUGGAAAAAUUGUUGGCUUGUUCUCCACCAGCUGGAAAAUAGUCACCUGCAUGGCCUUAGCUGGUUUUCUUUUUUUCACACUCUGGUUCUCAAGUUAUGGCUUUGUCCAAUAUUGGAACUGUAUCCUGAUGAGGAACUAUGACAUUACUGAACAACCAAUGAAGUUGGAAAGGACAGCUUCUCUCAUGCUGAAGGAAGCAAUUUCAUUUAUUGAAAGAAACAAGAAUGGAACAUUCCUCCUCUUCAUUUCCUUUUUACACGUGCACACCCCCCUUUACACCACAGAGAAAUUUCUUGGGAAAAGCAGACAUGGCAUAUAUGGAGAUAAUGUAGAAGAAAUGGACUGGAUGGUAGGCAACAUUCUUGAUGCUAUUGAUAAGGAAGGUCUGAAAAACAGCACUUUCACUUAUUUUGCCUCUGACCACGGAGGACAAUUGGAGGCACAAGAAGGAGAAGUCCAGUUAGGGGGCUGGAAUGGCAUAUAUAAAGGUGGGAAAGGCAUGGGAGGCUGGGAAGGAGGGAUCCGUGUGCCAGGUAUAUGUAGAUGGCCAGGAGUUUUACCUGCUGAGACAGUUAUUGAUGAACCUACAAGCCUUAUGGACAUUUACCCCACAGUUGCUUACCUGGGUGGAGGAACAGUGCCCCAGGACAGGGUAAUUGAUGGCCACAACUUGAUGCCUUUACUGCAAGGGAGAGUUCACCAGUCAGAGCAUCAGUUCAUAUUUCACUACUGUGGGUCAUAUUUACAUGCAGUGCGGUGGCACCAAAAAGACAGCGGCAUACUAUGGAAAGCUCACUAUGUGACCCCAAAAUUCCACCCAGAAGGUGCUGGAGCUUGUUAUGGAAGAAGAAUUUGCCCAUGUUUUGGAGAAGGUGUAACCCACCAUGACCCUCCUCUGCUAUUUGAUCUCUCACAAGACCCUUCAGAGACCAAUCCUCUGUCACCUGGCACUGAACCCCUAUUUGACACAAUAAUGAGUAGAAUAGACAAAGCAGUAACAGAGCAUCGCAGGACACUGACUCCAGUCCCUCAACAGCUCUCUUUAUACAACAUUAUAUGGAAACCUUGGCUGCAGCCCUGUUGUGGGACAUUCCCUUUCUGUUGGUGUGAUAAAGAAGGUGACAGUGCACAUGACUCAAAGUGAGUUGCAGUUGACAAAAAUCCUGUAACAGCAAAUGCUUUGCUACAGCCAGCCUUUAAUAACAUCAUUUCUGAAUAGCAUGAUAUCUUGGGCCAAAUUAUACCUAAAAUAGCCAUCUCUACCCCCUCCUCCCUCUUUCUUCUCCCUAAGGAAUUUAGUAACUAGAAGCCAAAGACUGGGCCUUAGCUCUUCCCACUUCUCCCUCUCCCACUAGUAAAUGUACUGUGGAAAGCACUUUCUAUGUGAAAAAGAACCUUCAGAGACUGGGUUCCUAAAUAUGAAUUUUGAAGCCUAACUUUAGGCAUCCAUUUCCAAUAGAAAAUUGGCCAUAGUGCAUCCAAAUAUAUUGGUUUCAGGAUUACAGCUGCUUCCUUGUCCCAGAUCACCAUGGCCUACAAGAGGCAUAAUUCAUUCAAUGUUUAUGUCUGGCUAUGCUUAUACAGCUGUAGAUAUGCAUACAUAAAAGGCAGAUGGACAGAGAGAUAAAGUGGUUUACCAAAGGCAUUCUGCAAUUUUUCAACACUUUUUGAACAAACUGCAGCUUUAAUGGAACAAGAGCAAAGUAAAUGAUCUUAAGCUAUGUAAAGCACAAUAUGGCUUUGUAAUUUUUUUUUCAGUUGUACAAUCAUUACUAAAAGAAGAAGCCUGUUUUAUUACUGAGAAAGGGGUCCUGUUAUAGUUUUGCUUUGUAAUUGACCAUUUUAGUCAACGGCACCAAUAAAAAUUUCUCCGAUAAACUUA